AUGUCAAAGAAAGAAGAAAGUCCUCCAGUCGAGACCGUAUUUGACGAUGAGAAACCUCCUCAAAACCAGGAUGUGAUGGCGUCCAGGUCUGACAGACAGCAGCACAACAGGGUGGACUCUGCACUUUGGGCUGCGAUCAAUCAGGUUCCUGACAGGCUGUGUGUGACAGCGCCCCCUGGUGAUCGCUCCAGGUCCUACAUCCACCCAAAGACUCGCCUCCACUGUGAGCGCCGAGCAGCUGCAGCACUGCAGACAACAGAACAGGACGGGGCGUGUGAGGACGGAGAUAAGGCCGAGCUCUGCGCGGCUGUCAGGGAGCAGCUCUCUGAUUGGCAGCUGUCCUCUCUGAGGUCAGCGGGGGACGAAUUGGCGGCUCUUGAUCUCACCUGCGGGGGGACGCUGAAUCGAUCAGACGUCACUCACCUGUUCCUGAAACACGACGUUCCUCUGAAAUUGCCAACGUUUUCUCUGCUUCUCCACGUGUUUUCUGAUAAGAAAGACCCGGUCCAGAUUCAUUACAGAAGCCUCUUGCAGUUCAUACAAAGUUCUGCUUUUCCUGAGAAGGUAAAUCCAGCUUCAGUGGAGCUGAAGGAGGACCAAACUUCUUCACGACAGCCACAUCGAGAAUCUGAGCCCGCCCAGAGUCGAUGAGGCAGCACGCAGCGAGGAACCAGAGCCAAACUCACCUGGACACACCUACAACGACAGUCACUCAUUAAACUGCUGUGACAGAAA